AUGGUGUCAUCAUCAACGUCGUCAUCGAUACCAGAACUACUUCGAUUAUCAUCAAUAUUACCUUCACCAUUAGAUUAUUUUACUGAUUCAUCGAAAAUUCUUAAACCUGACGUUAUCUUAGUAGUUGAAAAAGAAAAAUUUUAUUGCCAUCGAUUAUUAUUAUCAUUAGUAUCACCUGUAUUUAGUCGAAUGUUCGAUGGUGAAUUUAAAGAACAUGAUGCUCAUGAAAUCGUAUUAGAAGGUAAAACAAGUGAAAGUAUACUUGAAUUAUUAAAAUAUAUUUAUCCACAAUUUCAUGGAAAAAUUACAAAUGAUAAUGUAGAAGAUUUUCUUUUAUUAGCUGAUGAAUAUAUGAUUGACUAUCUUAAACAACCAUGUAGAGAUUUUUUAAUGAAACAACUGAAACUCUUUAAAUUUGUUUCACUUCCUACACAAACAAAAAUUGAACAACCAUCCAUGAAAUUGAAAAGUUUUCAUGCUAGUGAGUCUGCACUUGAUUCAUCUCAACAUCAAGAUAUUGAAUCAUUAAUUCGUCAUAAUCAUAAUACAACUAGCGUCUCUUCAUUACGUCAAUUAACAUCUAAUACUCGUCGUCAUACAGCUAAAUCUACAUCAAAUUAUUCGAAAUCAAAUGAUAGAACCGGAUCAUCAUCAAAUAAUAAUAGUCAUCAUCAUCGUUAUGUACUUUUUCUUGAUAAGACUCGAUUACCAAAUUUCUUUGAUGCACAUAAUACUUCCAUUUCAUUUACUACUAUUGACGUUGAGUUAUGGCUACGUCGUUUACGUAUUCUAUACCGCAUUGAUAAAACCCGUUAUUAUGGUGAAGUUAUUGAUUACAUAUUGAGUAUUCUACAAUUCAUACCAGCUAUUUCACUAUUUACUUUCAUGCAUAGUACCCUAGACACUUGUUCAAUUGAUGAUAUUAUAUUAAAUGAUAUAGCUCGUGCAAGAAUGUGCAUACUUGAAGAAUGGGCUACUGACGGUGAUCCUUAUCGGAUAGUUAAUUUGACUGAUUUUUAUCGAACGCUAUCACCUAAUAUUUUUGCUACUACCGAUCAACAACAAUCACUAACUAAUUCUACAAAUUUGAUUAACGAUGAAGAAAAUUCUUUUCGUGAAACUAUACUAAUAACCAGUGAUUUAGAGGCAACUCAUCUAGGUUCUUAG